AUGAAAACUUUAUCCUGUAAAAUUAAUAAAGUACCUGUUACAGCUAUAUUAGAUUCCAGUGCCAAUUGUAAUAUUAUGGGUGAGAGUAUAGCAAAAAUAGUAGGCUUGAAAAUUAAUAAUACCUCCAAUACAGAAAUAUACAGUCCCAUUAGCGAGUUCAAUAUAUUGGAAAUAAUUCGUGCAAUAGAGAUUUUGAUCCAAUCUCAAGAUCGUAAAUGGAAGCAAGUAAAAGUUACUGAUGUUUUCGUUACCAAUGAAUCCGAACUUGAAUCAGUACUAAUAUUGGGUCAACCGUGGUUCCAGAAAAAUGCAAUGAAACUGGACUUCCCAAAUAAAACUCUUACAUUACUCAAUGGAACUAGUU